AUGGAAGCAUCACCCCUCACCCGCCAACCUCAACCAGAGGUCUUCACUCCCAAAAUUAUCAGUCUCUAUGAAACUCUAUUCAAGGAAGAUGAUAUUAGCGAAAAGUCCGAGGGCUUCUGGAGGGAGUUUUUCCUCCACCGACAAGAUCGCGCCGCUUUGAGAUCGAUCCUCAACGAAAUCCCACCAGACGAGAUACUCCUGCUCGAAUCCCGGACAAGAGAGCUCUUCGCUCGUGCGGUCGAGACUCUGAAGCAUGGACGAGGCACCACCCCCGCGAAUGCCCUUGACACCCUGAGCGUCUUCCUUUCCUCGGUCCUGGGCAAGCGAUAUCCCCACCCGAGCUCAGAUAUCAUCUCCGUGCUGGCGGGCCUUGAUCAAGUAGACACGGUCUUUACAGAUUGUGUCGGUGCUCUCGAUGGACUUAUUCGAAAUGGGCAGACUUUGGAGGUACGGCACAAGGCGGUUGAGGUUCUCCUUGCGACUACCGCGGGGGCUUACCAGACGACGCUGCUUACGUAUAUGAUUCAAAGAGACUUGUUCCCGUCUAUAAUCAAGUUUAUACAAGAUACGGACAUGCCGGGCCAAAUACUCGAACCAUUUACACUAAUUGGUCUCUUGUCUAAUUACAACAAGUUCGAGUUUCGGAAUCCAUACCAGAUGCGCCUAAGCGACUUUGUCAACGAGUCGACCAUCCAGAAGAUCAUCCGCUGCAUUGGAUAUACGUGCCAGGUAGUGCGGGCCGAGUACGUGGAUGUCCAAGAUGAUCUCCCCGAGGGCUGGACUCUCUCAAGGACGCUGAACAUGAUUGGACUUGGGUUCAUCAUACCUGGUCCGAAACCGGAGAAGAAGCCCGUAUAUGAUGCUGAAACUACCAAACAGAUGUUUACCAAACUCCCGGGAGAUAAUGCUGCCAUUCUACUAUCAACGUAUGACUUUGCACAUGCGAACAAACUAUUCUGUGCCAACCUGGUCGCCGUCCCUGCGGUGGAGGGUGAAGAACAGCCCUUUGCCAGCUACCUCUCCUUAACUUCAUACUUCUUACAACACGCGCAUCUUUCACAAAGGGCGUCCGACUACGCCCAUAUGAACCUCAUGGUGCUACGACAACUAAUAGAAGACCCUGCUAUCUGCAAAAGAAUUUGUGCCGAAGGGUCGGCAACACCCGUGCGCCUCUGUCGCCAUCGUCAGCCAUAUCUUCCCCUUGUCAAGGGAGACAGGGUGCUGGCAGCUUGCCUGUUGGACGUAAUGGUUGAUGCUAUCAACCACAAUCUCAGGAAGCGCCUGGACGUGAGAAUGUAUACCCUCUGCGUGGGGAUUCUGUUGCGCGUCAUCUCUCACCUUUCGAGGUCGAGGACGCGGCUCAAGUAUCACUGGCCAGAAUUAUUUCGCUCGCUGUUAUCCUUGAUCCGAUUCCUGAGCCAGUACAAUGCUGACCUCAAGGAUCUGCCGCGGAUUGACACGUUGCUGGACCAUGUGGUAAAUCUGGUGGCUCUGUCAUUAUCUGCAGGAGAGGCAUUCCUGCCAACCCCAGCUGCCUACGACGACCUCUUCUACAAGGUGGUGGAGUCCGGCGAGACCCUGACAAAGUUCAAGGAGAACUACCGCCUCUCAAACCGCCACACCAACUCCAUCGACACACUGAUCAACGUGAGCGCCCAUUACAAGCAGAUGCUCGCGGAGGGGAAGAAACGGCCGAGCAGCUUAACGCCUCAGCAAGUGACGGAGGUGAUCAAGCAGGGCUACGAGACGCUGAGUAUCCAGGCAAAGGAGGGCUUGGACUCGUGGGAAAAGUUCCGCGAGGCUGAUGAAAGGAUCGUCUUGAAGACGAUGGCGAGGUCAACUGUACACGAUGCCCGUGCCAUGGUGGAGCGGUAA